AUGGCCACCCAGGGCUGCUCCCCGGUCUUCUCCUCUGGGUCUGUCAAGGGCCUGUGUGGCACAGCAGGUGGCCUCUCUCGGGUGUCCUCUGUCCGUUCUGUGGGCUCCUGCAGGGUCCCCAGUCUUGCUGGUGCUGUGGGGUCUGUUUCCUCUGUCAGGCUGGGCCUGUCCAGCCUCGGGAGCUGCUUGCCAGGCUCCUACCUGUCUGCUGGGUGCCACCCCUCUGGCUUUGUUGGGAGUGGGGGCUGGUUCUGCGAGGGCUCCUUCAAUGGCAGCGAGAAGGAGACCAUGCAGUUCCUGAACGACCGCCUGGCCAACUACCUGGAGAAGGUGCGCCAGCUGGAGCGGGAGAAUGCGGAGCUGGAGAGACGUAUCCGGGAGUGGUAUGAGUCUCAGAUCCCAUACAUCUGCCCAGACUACCAGUCCUAUUUCAAGACCAUUGAGGAGCUCCAGCAGAAGAUCCUGCUGACCAAGGCUGAGAAUGCCAGGCUAGUCCUGCAGAUUGACAACGCCAAGCUGGCUGCUGACGACUUUCGGACCAAGUACGAGACGGAGCUGUCCAUGCGGCAGCUGGUGGAGGCUGACACCAACGGCCUGCGCAGGAUCCUGGAUGAGCUGACCCUGUGUAAGGCGGACCUGGAGUCCCAGGUGGAGUCUCUGAAGGAGGAGCUGCUCUGCCUCAAGAAAAACCAUGAGGAGGAAGUCAACACCCUCCGUUGCCAGCUCGGGGACCGACUGAAUGUGGAGGUGGAUGCUGCCCCCCCAGUGGAUCUCAACAAGAUCCUGGAUGAUAUGAGAUGCCAGUAUGAGGCCCUGGUGGAGAAUAACCGUAGAGACGUGGAGGCCUGGUUCAACACUCAGACGGAGGAGCUGAACCAGCAAGUGGUGUCCAGCUCAGAGCAGCUACAGUGCUGCCAGACAGAGAUCAUCGAGCUGAGACGCAACGUCAACGCCCUGGAGAUCGAGCUGCAGGCCCAGCAUAGCAUGAGGAAUUCCCUGGAAUCUACCCUGGCGGAGACCGAGGCUCGCUACGGCUCCCAGCUGGCCCAGAUGCAGUGCCUGAUUGGCAACGUGGAGGCCCAGUUGGCCGAGAUCAGGUGUGAUCUGGAGCGGCAGAACCAGGAGUACCAGGUGCUGCUGGACGUCAAGGCCCGGCUGGAGUCAGAGAUCGCCACCUACCGCCGCCUGCUGGAGGGCGAGGACUGCAAGCUGCCGGCUCACCCUUGUGCCACGGAAGGCAAGCCUUCGAUUAGGGUGCCUUAUGUCUCCACCGUGCCCUGUGCUCCGGCUGUGCCCUGUGGCCCAGCUCCCCAGGUCAGCACCCAGAUCCGCACCAUCACGGAGGAGAUCAGAGAUGGGAAAGUUGUCUCCUCCAGGGAACACCUGCAGCCCUGUUCACUGUAACCAGCCCCUAGAAGGACACUCCUGUCACUCCCGGCUCUACAUGACCCCCUAUUCCCUAGAGGGGCUCCCUGCUCAGCAGAUUUUUUUCUACCAAAAUACUUCUUAGAUUGUGUUUCUGGACUUCAUUGCU